AUGGAGCAGGUGGUGGCUCUACAUUCAGAAACGGAACCGGUGGGGCUCAGACCUUAUGUCCUGGACCUUUCGCCGAAUGGUGCGGAUCUGGGUGGAGAGGAGAUGGUGUUGGGUAUUUUGGUCAUGAAGAGACCGUCACCUCAGCCAGGCCUUUUGUUUGCCUUGCCGAGCAAUUCAGUGCAACCCAGCCUUCUGGAGACGGCUCAGACAGGUGCCUUGGAGGACCUUUUGGGACCAUCAAUGACGGUGGAACUGGCUGGAGCCCUUUUGAAUCCAGACAAUGUCACCCUGGACCCUAUGGCAGUGCCAGAUCAUCGAGUCGACGUGUUGAUGGUCGACUUUUCACAAGAGAUCGUUCCGCAUCUUUGGGAGCUCAACUCCUUGGAGGAACUCAAGGACGCCAACACGUUCUCUAUUCAGGAGCCCGACAUGAUACCUCUUCCCGAGGACCUCAUCGCUGCCGCAGUGGGUUGGACCCUAGGGCAGGAUUUGUCAAAAAGAGUCCAGUUCUACUCAGCGGGGGAGGAGGAAGUGGAGUUGAUUCCAGCAGAGGGCACAAGCUCCAAAAGAAAGAGCCAGGCUCUCCUCCAGUCAUGCACUUCCAUCGGUCGAGCUGCCCUGAUCACGGGCUCCUCAUUGCUUCACAUCUUGGCAUGGAUUUUGACUUUGAGCCUGCUCCUACGUUCCAGGGGUCACUUGGCACGUCUGGGCCUCAUCUCAAUCCUCCUCAGCGCUUCCAUGGACACCUCCCCCCAAGAUUUUGGUUUUGGGAAUGAAUCACCGUGGCCUCAUGCCCGCAGCUGUUUGGGUCGCGCGCGCGCGUGGGGCGUUCAUGGCAUGCCGUUGAUUCCGCGUGGAGCGGAAGACAAAACGCGGGCAAGAGCCCGGGAAGGCUGGAGUCUCCAAGCCGAUCGAGUUGUGAAGCAAACUACCCGCUUGCAGCGGGACAAGAGAUUGUCGGAAUUUGAUGUUUGGCUGGCGGAAAACCUCCGCACUACACUGCAUGAGUUAGUGGAGGCCCAGCCACUGGACCCAGAAGAAGUGUGCGAGGCGCUCAUCGCCUAUGGCAAGGAGAUGUUUUUUGCUGGCUUCCCCUACGGGAACUUUGCUGAGACAGUUAACGCUGUUGCCCAGAAACGACCAGCACUUCGGCGCCAGUUGGCGGCAGCAUGGGACCUGGCAUUCAACUGGGUCUCGGGGGAGCCGAGACAACAUCAUCCGGCCAUGCCGGUUUCAGUGCUGCUGGCGCUGUGCAGCCUUGCGCUGCUAUGGGGCUGGCCGCGUGAGGCGGCCAUCCUUGGCAUGGCUUGGGCAGGGAUUCUCCGCGUAGGAGAAAUCUUUGCCGCAAAGAGAGGUGACCUGGUGCUCCCGUGCGACGCAGCGCCCGGGACUUCAGGCAUCCUUCUUCGAAUACAAGAGCCGAAGACCAGGGGGCGAUCUGCCCGGCAUCAAGCCGCUCGCAUCGAAUAUCAGGAUAUGGUCACCCUCAUCUCCGCAGUCUUCAGGAAGCUUGACGCUGCAGCGCCUCUAUGGCCUUGGUCACCUGCCACGUUGAGGCGGCGCUUCGUCACGCUCCAACAAGCUGUUGGGCUAAAUGUUUCGAGGACGCCCAGCAGCUCACCUUACGACUUAGCCUCUUUGAGGCCAGGCGGAGCGACUUUCCUCCUCCAGCAGACGGAGGACUCAGAGCUGGUGAGGAGAAAAGGAAGAUGGCUUAGCUCCAGGGUCCUUGAGAUCUACAUCCAAGAAGCUUCCGUGUCCACCUUUCAGCAGAAGAUGUCAAAAAGGACCUAUGGCCGCAUCACGGAGCUCUCAGAUGCGUUCCCAACGAUCCUGGAGAAAGCUGUCUUUUUUCUUGACGCCCACAUCCCAGAUAGGGCGUGGCCGAACUUGUGGUGA